UAAGGUCACACUGUCCGCGUGUUUGGGAGGGAAAAGAAGGCAGACGCAGACCAGGAAUUCAACGACGGUUCAAUUGCUGCCAUAUUUUUUCACGCUGUGCAGACAAAGCUAAAACUUAGAUAAUGUCUACCAUAGAUAUAACAAUGGAUUCGGUUACUGAAGGUCCAUCGGGUGUUGCUACCGGCCUCAGCCUCACAUCCAACGCGAACAAUGUGCUAAAAAAAUUACCGCAAAGCGGAUCCGGUGCUACUGCAGGAGCUGACGGUGCAUCUCCGGGCGCUGAUGGCGCCAGUUCAAAUGCAGAUGAAAUGACGUCAAGAGAUUAUUACUUUGACUCUUACGCACAUUUUGGUAUCCACGAGGAGAUGCUAAAGGACGAAGUGCGAACUGUCACCUACCGCAAUGCCAUGUACCACAAUAAGCAUUUAUUCCAGGGCAAGACUGUACUGGAUGUGGGUUGUGGAACCGGAAUACUCUCCAUGUUUGCAGCCAAAGCCGGUGCAGCACAAGUAUUUGCCGUCGAUUGCUCGAACAUUAUUGAGUUCGCGCGUCAAGUAGUCAUAGACAACAAUUUGGAAAAUGUGAUUCAGGUCGUUAAGGGCAAAAUUGAAGAAGUCGAAUUGCCAAAUGGCAUCGAGAAGGUCGACAUCAUAAUUUCAGAGUGGAUGGGAUACUGUCUCUUCUAUGAAUCAAUGCUGGACACUGUACUGUAUGCUCGAGACAAAUGGCUAAAACCUAAUGGAAUGAUGUUCCCGGACAGAGGAACUCUCUAUAUAACCGCUAUCGAAGAUCGUCAGUAUAAGGACGAGAAGAUUAACUGGUGGGAUGAUGUUUACGGUUUUGACAUGAGUUGUAUACGCAAAGUGGCCGUCACUGAACCACUCGUAGAUGUUGUCGAUCCCAAGCAAGUAGUAUCCACAGCCUGUAUGGUUAAGGAAGUCGAUCUGUAUACAGUGCAGAAAGCCGAUCUGAAUUUCUCGUCCAAAUUCAAUUUGACCAUUAAGCGCAAUGACUUUGUUCAAGCAUUGGUCACGUAUUUUAACAUUGAGUUCACAAAGUGUCACAAGCGUCUGGGCUUUAGCACAUCCCCCGAUUCCACAUACACGCACUGGAAGCAGACUGUGUUUUAUCUGGAUGACCACUUGACUGCCAAAAAGAAUGAGGAAAUAACCGGAACGUUCCAAAUGAAGCCCAAUGAACGUAAUAACCGGGACUUGGACUUUGUAAUUGAUAUCAGUUUCAAAGGCGAGCUAUCUGACGUUAAUGAAUCAAAUACAUACCGCAUGCGUUAGGAAUGUAUUAUUUGGGGCUGUAAGCCUUCUUCAAACUGAAGAACACAUAUUGACUUAGCCGUAAGAUUUAUUCCAGUGCGAAAUGUGCAACGAAUUUGUGUUGCGUCUUUUACUAAGUUUAAAGUGUACCUUUUGUUAGUAUACAUAAUAAUAUUUUUACACUUGUGCGCCGCCUGUUUAAAUUAUUAUUCGAGAAUACUUCUAAGAAAACUGUACAGUAGUAGCUCGACAUAUCUCACAAAAUAAAAUGUGCGCCAAGCACAUCAUCAUCUUGCUGGAAA